AUGACAACUUCAGAAGUCGAGAUUCAACCAAAGGACAGCUCUUCGACAUCGACCGGCAUGGAUGAUCUCACCUACGAUGGCUGGGCGGACCUCAUUUACGAUAAAUGGGAGGAUCUUCACGCUGCCGACGCCUCGCAGCUGGGUCUGUUGUUCACACCAGAAGAGUCGAAGGAAAUCGACGCCCUGCUAAAAGUCUGGAUAUACCCAGUCUAUGGUCAGCAGGCGGACUUGUGCGCAGCUGACGCCUUGCAUGAAGGGCAAAGACCAAUUCAAACGCCUUUCAAUAGCGAAGGCGUCUUUCCUCCUAAACCCUUCGUCCAGGCGCCUUUGUACUUUGAGAACUCGGCGCAGAGCUGCAAUGUCACUGGGCUCAAUUGGGGAGUAUUCACCAAGUGGGUGGGCGCCUAUCGAAACACCUCGCCAUCGGAGUCGUCUUCUUUACCAGUGUUUUGCUUUCCUCCGCCAAGCUUCGAAUCUGCCUCUCCACCACCGUCUUCGCGUAUACAUCUUGCAUCGAGCGAAUAUACUGCAAUCGAAGGACAGGCUUCCCACAUCCCAACCUACAUCGUCGGUAUCGGCGGUGGCCCUUCGAGCGGCAAGUCAACACUGGCCUUACAUCUUAGCUACGUGUUCAAAAAGCUUGGACAGAACAGCAGAGUCUUCACAAUUUCGCAAGACGCCUAUAUCCUCCCUCCUGCAGAUUGUCCACAAAUAACUCUGCGAAGUGGGAAGCGUGUUGUCCACACAAACUGCUUAUUUUCAGUUGACUGGAAAGAGAUGAUCAAAGACGUCAAUGAGUUGAGAGCAGGCAACUAUAGUUCCCAGUCGGAUCGAACAAGGGAGACAUAUGCCACUGCAAAGGGUCGCCGUAUUCGCAGCCCGCACCUGAGAGCAGGGGAUGUCACUGACCUUGUUCGUCUAAGGGAGGCCACUCUUUCCACUGCGGCCAAAUCAGGUCGUCAGAGCUUCUGGCUAGCUCAAUUUUGCUACAAAACACUUAUAGACUACCCGGACAACCAAGAGAUUUCGACAUCCUUGCCAUCACAGCUGAUCCUGGUCGAAGGCCCUCUCAUGAACGCUGUUUGCCCUACAGCCUUGCCGCCUCAACAGUCGGGAUUUGGAAUUUUCCGCAGCGAUACGCAGCAGAAGGCCUAG